AUGCCAGAAAAGGACUCCGAGGCCACAAUGUCGGAAUCGACCGAAAAUGGGAUCAAUGCUUCUGUAAUGAACAGCCCUUCAGAAGCAAAUGACUCCAAAGAGCUAUCAUCCAGCCUAGGUUCAACCAUAUCUCAUAUAGUCGGUGCAUUGUCUCCAGGAAAUGCCACGACAUCCCCAACACACACAACAAUAACGACAUCGACCAAAAGAGGGGAAGACGAUGCAGUUCUUCAGAUAGUUGAGGAAAACCAGCAAGAUGAUACAAACACAUCGGAAACAGCUACAAAAGACAGGGCGAAUGCUAAUUUUAUUUCUCCCGUUAAGCCCCAGCCAGGCGUAAAGUUUAAUUUAAACGAAGAAAUUGAAGCCUCUUUUACUGGCGUGUCGAAUAAAAGUACAGAUCCCAUAGACAUGGUCUUACCAGACUCCGUCCCUUCAGUUGAGAGCUCUCCUCAAACAGCAACAGACACCAAGAAAAAUCCCGGUGUUCUAGGUGGAAUUGGUGUUGCCUUAGGUUUAACCAAUGAGGAAAACCACCCUGAAUCAGAGAACAAGAAGAAGAAGAAAACCAUUGUCAAAUCGUCACCUUUGUUAUCAUCUACUCCUCCUACUGUAAGCAAGAGCUUGAUCAAAUCAUACCCAUUCUUAAUUUUGGUUUUAAAAGCUUUAAAUGUUUUGACUUGGAAUGAUAAUUCUAAUCAUCUGUCUAUCUUCCUAGUAUUGUUUGUUUCAUUAGCAAUCCUCUAUUAUAAACCAUUGAUAAUCUACGUUGGCCAUUUAUUACCUGUUCUGGCGUUAUGGGUCUACUCCGAGUGCAAAAAGUAUAUAAAGGAAUACCAAGCCGAACAUCCAAGCUUGGAUGAUGUGAUCCAAACAAUGACAUUAAUAUCGAAGAGAUCAGAUACACUUCUUUCUCCAAUUGUUGAAUUAGAUUUAACUGCCGGCGAUUUGAAGAGGUUAUUGUUCACUACUGUUUUCUUAUCUCCAGUUUAUGUCGCCAUCAGUUUCUUUAUUUUGCCACCAAACAAGAUGCUCUUGACGUUGUCUAUAUUGGUCUUGACAUAUCACUCAAAAUGGUCCAAAAUUACCAGGAGUCUUCUAUGGAAGUCCCGUAGUUUCAGGUUGCUAUGUUUUUACUUGACUGGCUUGGAUUUUGAAAAUUCCGGAUUGUCGAAAACAUCCGCCUUGUUCAAUUUGAAUAAGAAAUUGUCCAGUAGGUUCAGUAAGCAUUCGUCAAAUAAUGGUUCUUCAUCAGAUGGAAGUGUAAAAUCAUCAGUCAGAUUCACGUACGUUAUUUAUGAAAACCAAAGGCGUUGGUUAGGAGUUGGCUGGACACCCAAUUUGCUAUCAUACGAGAGAACUCCUUGGACCGACGAGUUUUUAAACGAGUCAGAAUCAAUUGAAACAUUUGAAUUACCUCAAUUACCAUUAUCGAUCGACCUUCAGGAUGUGGACAGAUCUGACGGCGAAUUCGAAGAAGUUACGGGCACUAAGGGUAUGGUUUGGAGAUGGAUUGAUAAAACUUGGAGGCUUGAUUUAACCAAUGAUGGUGCCAUUCAACUUCCUUCUACAAAGCCUAAAACUACUGCGAACCCAAAAGAUGAUGAUGGCUGGAUUUAUUAUGAUAAUACCUGGAAGAACCCAUCCACAGAAGAUGGGUUUAGUAAAUAUACCAGAAGAAGAAGAUGGAUUCGGACUGCGGAAUUAGUCUACAUUGGUAAAGAGGAAAACGACUCACACUCCAAAAGGAAUUUAAACAUCACAUCUGGUAAAAAUGUAUCCUCGGAGGAAGCAGCUAAUACUAGUGUGAAAUUCUCAACUUCCGAAGUCCCAACUACCGAUGCUUCUGUAGAUGAUAUAUCAACAAGAAAAGGUGGUCUCAAAAGAGUAGACAGUACAGGGGAGAUCAAGAAGAGGAAGAGUUUGAGAUUUGAAGAACCGAGCGGAUAA